GCAACUUCCGGGACAGAGGCUGUGACUGGAACGAGCUGGGCAUCCGGCCUGAGGCGCAGCGGUCGCGUUAGUUCGGCCCAAUGGCGGCACCGCUGCUUCACACGCGUUUGCCGGGAGAUGCGGCCGCUUCGUCCCCUGCAGUUAAGACGCUGGGCGCGUCGAGGACUGGGAUUUCAAAUAUGCGUGCAUUAGAGAAUGACUUUUUCAAUUCUCCCCCAAGAAAAACUGUUCGGUUUGGUGGAACUGUGACAGAAGUGUUGCUGAAGUACAAAAAGGGUGAAACAAAUGACUUUGAGUUGUUGAAGAACCAGCUGUUAGAUCCAGACAUAAAGGAUGACCAGAUCAUCAACUGGCUGCUAGAAUUCCGUUCUUCUAUCAUGUACUUGACAAAAGACUUUGAGCAACUUAUCAGUAUUAUAUUGAGAUUUCCUUGGUUGAAUAGAAGUCACACAGUAGUGGAAGAGUAUUUGGCUUUUCUUGGUAAUCUUGUAUCAGCACAGACUGUUUUCCUCAGACCGUGUCUCAGCAUGAUUGCUUCCCAUUUUGUGCCUCCCCGAGUGAUCAUUAAGAAAGGCGAUGUAGAUGUUUCAGAUUCUGAUGAUGAAGAUGAUAAUCUUCCUGCAAAUUUUGACACAUGUCACAGAGCCUUGCAAAUAAUAGCAAGAUAUGUACCAUCGACACCGUGGUUUCUCAUGCCAAUACUGGUGGAAAAAUUUCCAUUUGUUCGAAAAUCAGAGAGAACACUGGUGAAUGCAUCCCGGCAGGGUAUUGAAGAUGCUGAAGAAACAGCAAAUCAAACUUGUGGUAGGACACAUUCCAUGGAAGGAUUGUUUAAUAUGGGAUUCGCAGAGGCAUUUUUGGAACAUCUUUGGAAAAAAUUGCAGGAUCCAAGUAAUCCCGCCAUCAUCAGGCAGGCUGCUGGAAAUUAUAUUGGAAGCUUUUUGGCAAGAGCUAAAUUUAUUCCUCUUACUACUGUAAAAUCAUGCCCAGAUCUUUUGGUUAACUGGCUGCACAUAUACCUUAAUAACCAGGAUUCGGGAACAAAGGCAUUCUGCGAUGUUGCUCUCCAUGGACCAUUUUACUCAGCCUGCCAAGCUGUGUUCUACACCUUUGUUUUUAGACACAAGCAGCUUUUGAGCGGAAACCUGAAAGAAGUAAGUACCAGCUCGUCUUCUGCUACACCAUCAUCGAGAGGAACAAUUGCCAGAUGCUGCCAGUCAUUAGGAGUACCACUGGAGGAGACUCAGUGCAGACCUGCACAAACCCACUGGACACCUUCUUCCCCUUUGAUCCCUGUGUGCUGAAGAGGUGAGGUCUGUGCAGACCCUGGGUGAGGGGCGAGUUGGCUAUGGCCUGUUUAACUCCACCUGUGCAGACUGCAGCUCAGCCUGGUCCAUGCUUCGUGACUCAGCCUUGUCCUCAGGGAAGCUGGGGCUGGUGCAACUUUCAGAAGUGGUCCCAGGUAAGCCUGGCCCUCCUGAGUCCAUGGGUGGGGAAUGCUGGUACAGGCCUAGCAGCUGGCUUUCCGGGGCUGGGUGGAGGUACAAGAGCGGUGAUGUGUGGUGUUCGCCACUUUCCAUGGUGCAAAUACCCCUGCAUGGCCGAGUUCAAGUUUUGAAGGUGCAGUCACCAAUAGUGGAGUUGGGAAGAGAUUUGCACAGUCAGCUCCAGAGCCAGCAUGCGCCAUCUCCCACCCGUCGCUGCCCCCUGCCUUCCUCCCUCUUGUCCCUGCAGCCUGGGAUCUCACUGCUGCUUUCCAAGUGAGGAAUUCCAGUAAGCCUUCUUAAGACUUCUUUUUGGUUUACCUGGCAGAACCCCACCUCAAACUGGCUUAAGCAAAGAAGAGGGAGAUUUGCCAGCUCCGAUCCUAAAGAGUCAGGGCUGCAACCGGGUGCAGGGGUUGUCGACUGCCAGGGCUCUGAGUGCUCCCCCAGGCUCUGCUUUCCCCAGGGGACACUCAUGGGGGUUCCCUGAUGGGGCAAUGGUGGCCACCCGAGGCUGUGGCUUGGCCUCCAGUGGAGCGACGUCACCUCUUUCCCGGCAGUUCCAGCCACCAUCCCAGGGCUGAUUCUCAGGGGCCCGGCUUUGGCUGCUCGUCUGGCCAGCCCGAGGGUGACCCCGCCUGGAGCAAGGUGUGCUUGGAGAGUGGGAGGCAGCACUCCCGCAGGACAGCCGAGGACGCUGUUCCCAGAGUGAGGAUGGGGAGCCCUCCUCACUGGACGUGCGUCCUGGCCAUGGACCCCGAGCUGACCUCGGCCCCUCCCUGACUCGGUUGCUCUCAGGUCCAAGGCCACUGCUGCUGUCUCUGUCUCCCAGUGUCAGCCUCUGACCUUGUCCCAACCCCACUUUUGGCUUCCCCACCGGCUUCACAUCUGCUCAAAGGAUCUAGGCCCUCCCUGCCACAGACUGAAAGAAGGAUCCGGUGUCUCUCCCGGGCCAUGGAAAUGAGCUGGGUCAUCCCUCCCUUGGCUCCCAUCCACGUGGGCCAGUCUGGUUUCACUUUUUUUGUCAUUUUCUCCAAAACCCAGUUUCCUUUUUAUUUCUCUCCUACUCAGCUUCACUUGCUCCUGGUCCCCUCCCCGUCUCUGCAGCCAAUUUUUCCAGGUUCUCAGUCCUCUCCCUCACAGAUUUUCUGUCCUCUUUGUUCACCCAGAUUGGGAAUCUGGAGCUGCUGGUGAUGGAGGGAAUGAGAACCUCAGAUGAAGGACAGGUAGGGCUAGAGAAAGGUUUUCAGAGAGAAACAGAGAAAAAUGAGAUGAAAACACAGCAAACCCUGGAUGGAAGGAGGGGCAGUGCCCAUAAGACGAAGGGAAGGGAGCAGACAAGGUGCAGAGAACUGCACACAGACAGGCUCCCGAGGCCUGGGCCACACCGUGGCAGGGCCAGAAACAAAGCGAAACAAACAGAAAGGCCAAGGAAAUUUCCGUUGGUGGGGACACUGCCAGCAGUUUUCCUAGGAGCUGGGGGUGCCAGCACUUGGAGCAAGCACGGGCCAAGGACGAUGAGUAACAGAGGUGGCAGCAAGGGCUCUUUCCAGGGAGUGUGUAUGGCCUUGAAGGCCAAGGAAGAAAGGCUGGGGGAGCAAAGCGGGGGGAGGAGGGAAGGGGGAGAGGAGAGGUGCCAGUCACAAAGGAAAACAGCAGCCAGAUCCACGCGCUGCCACACUGUGCCUGUCCCACCUCGAGUGCCCCUGCAGAUAGCUCAGCUCAUUCCCUAAAGGUGCGGGAGGGCCCAGCUCAUUGGGCAGGGCUGUAUGAAGCGCUUGGCACCAUUCCGGGAGAAUUAAGCAUUUAGUAAACAAUAGCUUCCUUCAAAAUAAAUCCAAACGAGGCCUGAGAGCCCGGAGUUGGGGGGUGCCUGCCAGGCUGUCCGCAUGAGAGGAGGAGGUUCUAGGGACCUCUUGGCUCCUCUAGUGGGGCACAAAUCGGCAGCUCCAAGAUGAGAGACGGGAAGAGUGAAUUCCUCGGAGGGGAAUCUUGGCACUGUUGGGACUGGCACUGUGGCUGUGCAGUUCAAGGACGACCCCUGGACUGAGAGGAAAGGAUGUGACCAUCACGCUUAUAUCCCGGGAAAGUGAUUUAUCAUUGCAAAUUCAUAAACUGGCAGUCUAGUUCCUAAAACGACUACAUGUGUGUGCAUGUGUGUGUGCAUGUGUGUGUGUUCAUGUGCGUGUGUGUGCAUGUGUGCACAUAUGCACUGUGUAUACAUGUGUGCAUGUGUGUUCAUGUGUGUGUGCAUGUGUUCGUGUAUGUGUUCGUGUGCGGGUAUGCAUGUGUGCACUGCAUGAGCAUGUGUGUAUACGUAUGUGCACGUGUGUUCGUGUGCAUGUGUGCACAUGUGUGUGCACGUGUGUUGUGUGCAUGUGUGCACACGUGUGUUUCCAUCUCCAUUCUGUAUGUAGCUCCUGUUUCUUCCCUCAGGCCUGGGUGUGAAUAUUUUUGGGGAAGUUAGGUAGAAGUCAGUGUCGCCUCUCUCUCUACAGAUGUUUUCUCUGCUUUCUGGUCCUCAAGACUGAAAAAUGAAAAUGUACCAAACAGCUUUCAAAGUUUACCUGUUAGAGAUUCAGCCACUGGGGAGCCACUGUUCCUGUUCUUGCUCACUUCAGAUUCUAAAUUCCCAGAGCAGUGACUCUGAUUGGCCCAGCCCUGCACUAAUUAGGAGCGGGACUGAGGAAGGGGCUCUGAUUGGUCCAGCAUGGUUUGAGUGCCCAUCCCUGUCCAAUCAAUCGUGACCAGGGGUGGGAUCAUGUUGGACAAAAUGUCAGGCGGUGGAGUCACUGUUGUUAUCAUUUGGAUCCAAAAGCCCAUU